AUGUAGGUCGCUCCAUCGACGAUGAAGAUAUUCGUCAUCUGUUUCAUCAUCUGGGCGUUUAUAAACCGGGGAACGGUACUCGCAAGCAGCCUCGAUGCUCAGAAAAAUGAUGGUCAAAUAGAAAAUUUGGAAUUUAUACUACCGUCUUCCUUGGAAGGUUUCUCAAUUGAUAAUUACCAGAAGUAUGGAGACGCAGAAGAUCAACAAAUCGAUUUAGAGACAUUAAAUAAAAAGAUAUCUGAUAACUUCUUUGCUUCGUCCACACAAGCAGUAUCAAAACAUACGGCGUCAUCGGCGGCGCUUUUAUCAGCCUUGAACGAGAAACUUGACAUCAAUAAAGAGAAAACACCAUUGAAAUCUGAAGAAGGACCUUUGAACGAAGUUCAAAUUCUAAAUAAGCCAUUCUCUUUGGAAAAAUCUAAAAAGGAAAUUGGCGCAGAAUCAAGUAAAAUCAAACGAGCCGCAACGAUCACAAAUUCCAAAUGGGAUAAGAUCGAGGAAGAAUCGGCGAAUAAAAAGAAUAAAGAAAUUGUUACGAAAACAUACGUGAAAAAGGGUCCAGUGAUUAAAACAUGGAGUUGGACCAGCGGAGAAAACGAAUCGAAGAAUAUUCCCUCCAGCGAGGAAAUUCAAUUUCUUAAAGAAGAAAAAAUAAAGGCAGAAGCUAAAAUUAAAACGGAAAUGGAAGCACGAACGAAAACUGAAGCAGAAGCGGCAGAACUUCGACGGCAAUUGAAGCUUCAGUUAAAGACCCUUAAAGAAGCACAGUUGAAGGCUGAGAAGGAAGCAGAAGCUCGAGCAAAGGCGGAAACUUUGGUGGCGUCGGAAUCCAAAGCUUUGGCUGCAGCUCGAGCAAUAACGAAAGCCUAUUCCGAGGAGAUUGUGCAUGCGGAAGCGAAAGCAAAGAUUGAGAAAGAAGCUCGUUCUAAGUUACAAACGAAAAUUAUAAAGAUACUCGACACUCGUACCAAAUUUGAAGAGGAAAUUGCGAUUACCAAAGAGUUAAAGGAAAAAGCGAAACUUUCAGCGGAAGCUUCGUUAGCAGCGAGUGUGGCCGCCAAGGAAGCUGCGAAGGCAAUUAGAGUUGCUGCCAUGGCUCGAGCGAAUGCUGCCAUGAAGGCUUUAGCCGCUCAAAAAGCUACUCUUAUUCAAUCAAUUGUUUCCAGCAAUGUUAAAGCCUUGGCUAACGCUCUAAGCGUUGCGAUCGAACAAGCUAUAAUUUCCUCGAAAGCUGCAGCAGACUUGCAAGCUGAAGCGCUUGCUAUAACCAAUCGAGCAGUAAAAGCAGCUGCUGCAGAAGGGGCUACUAUCGAUUAUGCGAAAUAUAGAGCGGCAAUACUUGAGAAUGCGAUUAAGAGGGCGAAAGCAUCUAUAGAAGCGGCUGGUAAAGCGACUGCGGCUGCUAUUACUUCCACUAAUAAUUUAGCGCGUUUACAGAUAAAUAAUCAGAACUUUGCUGAUAAUGUGGCCAGCCUACAGGAAAGUACGAUUUCAAAAGCAGAGACAGCGUUGAUGGAAACGAAUGCGGCGGCUAGAGAGGAAAUUGCCGCAAUGGCGAUAACGGACGUUGAAGGUUCGACCAUCGAGGCGGCAGUUGCGGCUCGUGUGAAUCCAAUUCAAGCUGUGAGAAAUGGAGUUGUUAUCGGACUGGAAUCGUCUGCGACUGAAUUUAACGCGCAACAAGCAGAAGCAUUGACGAAAGUAGUUGAGAAUCGAGACAACAUCUUAAAAAUUGAUCAACAAAAUCAACAAAAAUUGAUUCUGUCCAUUUUCGAUAACAACCAGACCCCAUUAAUUAUUUUCACAACUGUCAACGCCGCUAUAAAUCCGUCCAACGUUUCACACCUGGUAUCAAUUCGCGAAGCGUCGUCAAACAUGAAGAUUCCAGUAUUGCUUGCAACGUGCCUCUACCUUUGCGGAUUUGCGUCCGCCGGUUUGGAAGGGUCGGGUAACCCAUUGCCCGAGCUCGUGAAAGGUAGCGCAUCGGCCACCGCGUCGACUGCUGUGACUGCUAGAUCGGGACUUAGAGCCGGACAAGUAGCUUUAGCUUCGCAGAAGGAUGCCGUACUCCAAGCUGAAGCUGCUGCAUCCGCCGCGUCAGAGGCACGCGCCGCUGCCGAUCUGACGGCUAAACUUAGCCAAGAAUCGGCAUCAAUGCAAUCACAGGCCGCCGCCAAAGGGAAGGAAACGGAGGAGGCAGCGGUUGGUCAAGCUAGAGCUGGUCUCGAGUCGGUAUCCAUCGCCGCAUCGGCCACUUCUGCUGCCAAAGAAGCAUCAACCGCCGCCAGAGCCGCAGCAUCCGCACUAUCCACAGCCACGGUGCAAGCGAAAAUAGCCGAGAGAGCAGCCAAGGCUGAAGCUGUUGCCUCAGAGGAAGCCAAGGCCAAGGCGAUUGCAGCAGCCAACUUGGCGGCUGCGGCUAGUGAAGCCGCGGAAACAGCCCUCAAGGCUGAGAAAGUGGCCGAAGAAGCUAUCGCAAGAGCGGCCUCUGCAAAGGCUGCUGCAAGAGCUGCUGCGGCCGCUCUAGCCUCCUCGAAGGAAGCAGCCACGGCCAGCGCGAGAAACGCCGCGGAAUCCGAGGCCAGGAACGAAGUAGCUGUAUUGAUCGCCGAGAUUGAUAAAAAGAGUAGGGAAAUCGACGCAGCCACUUCGCUUAAUGCGCGUGCCGCUGCCAAAGCAAGCUCCAGGAACGUAGAAACGGCGACAAUCGGGGCUAACAUCGACUCUUCGAAACAAGUCGUAUCAAUUCCAGUGGAAAUAAAGAAAUUCCCGGAGCCAGAACUGUCAACAUCAUGGAGAGAAGAUGAAGAGGUUACGAAAGGAAAAAAGGAGGAUAUAAAUCUGAAUAGCUUCGAAUUGAAGAGCAAUGUAUUUUAG